UAUUGGUUCUGGAUGCUGUAGCGGAAAUGCAGAGAAAAUCACUGAUAUCUGAACUUUUUCGAUCGCAAAACCUCCAUUAUGGAUUCAAUCAGAGCUUCUUUUUCUCCUCAGAGAAAACCCAAAUCCCAUCACCACUCGCCGACCCAGAUGAUUCUCUGUACGCCGAUGUCCCGAAGCCUCAGCGAGAUAAGUCGGAGAGGAAGCCGUAUCCCACUCCGAUGAAAGUUCUGAUUGAAAGGGCGAAGAAAGAGAGGGAGGUGAGAAAAGCCCAACCUUGUAGAGUGCUCGAAGACCCACCAGGGAAUGGGUUGUUGGUACCUGAACUCGUCGACGUGGCCCACCGAGUGUAUCGAGCCCGUGAAUCCCUGCUCUCUGGUGUGGCUAAGCUCAUCCGAGUUGUUCCAGUACAGCGCUGCAGGUUCUGCCAUGAGGUUCACAUAGGCCCUGUAGGACAUGAAAUCCGAACCUGCACUGGUCCAGAAAGUGGUGUACGGAGUGCCACUCAUGUUUGGAGAAAGGGGAGAGUGCAUGAUGUGGUCUUUUUCCCUAAAUGCUUCCAUCUCUAUGACCGUGUUGGAAAACCAAGGGUUACUCAUGAUGAGUGGCAUAGUGUCAAGCAAAUUCCUGCUGUUGUAGAGCUUUGCAUACAAGCUGGGGUAGACAUUGAAAAGUACCCUACAAAGAGAAGAACAAAACCUGUCUAUUCUUCAUCCUUCACCGGACUCUUAUAA